AUGCACGGAACCAAAGUGGGAGAGCGCACAUCCGGUUCAAAUGCCAGCUCUAGCUCUACCUCCCCCUCCAAACGUGCUGGCUCUGUGGAAAUGUCAGGGGACAGACCUCAAUCUGAGGUAACAUCCAUCGGACCUAGUGCCAGAGAACAUCUAUGCUUAUGUCCUUCUGAGCCGAAGAUCCCAAGACCACGAAACUCGUUCAUGUUGUUCCGUCAGCAUCGGCAGUCCAGUAUCAUGGCACAAAAUCCAGGGCUUCAAAUUCCGGACGUGUCAAAGAUCAUCGGUGAACAAUGGAGGAGGCUGUCAUCAGAGGCCAAAGAGGAAUGGAAUAUGCUUGCGGAAGAAGAGAAAGCCCGCCAUCAGCAACAGUAUCCUGGAUAUCGUUAUCAGCCUCGUCGGAACGGCAAAGUCAGCAAUCAACCCUCGAUAUCUGGUCCUUCUGCCACUGAGCCGCAAGAUCCAUGCCGCAAGUGCGGUGGGAAACCCAUGAGCUACUACAACAAUCCGAGUCCGAUACAUAAUCCUUCUACUUCUGCCGAAUCGCAAGCCAUGGCGAUGCAAGUUCCUGCCAAACGCAGCUACAUUGUCAGUAAUCCUCCUCCUCCUCCUCAUCCUCAACGGAUGCAACCAGCGUCACCUCAGCCCCAAGGCCAGCAGAAAGCAUUUAUCGAAGCAUAUCCCUACCAGCGAGUCGACCCUCGAUUGGUCUACGCAUUGCCAUCGGCCCAGCCACUCCCGACUCCCCCUUCGUCUGAUACACAGGAUGCAAAGAGAAGACGCUUCAAUAGCAAUGGCGUCUAUAUCACUGGUCGAGAACAAUACCACGAAACACCAUAUGUAUAUGCGCAAUCCCCAGUCCACCACAGCGGAUACAGCCGUCCUGAGGUUGUACAGGUACACGCAUCACAGGUACCAGUCCAGCACGUUCAGCAAGUCGCCAAACCCGCCAUCGUCUCACCUCCGCGAGCAGUAUAUCCACAUCCCCCACAACUUCAGCCCGUUCGGCCACCUCAUUCACAUCACCGAGCAAGAUCAACUAUUGCUUUACCUCCUAUUGAAACAAUGGUAUCCCAAACGCCGAUAAAAUCGCCGUCGGUCCAAUCACAGGGCUCAGGGGUUGAAGCAAUGAUCAUGUCAAUUCCAGUCCUCAACAAAAUCAAGGUCCUUUCUCAGAUAUCUGCUCCAUUACCUCCUCCUGGUCCUCUCUCUCCGAAACCUGAAGUACGUGGAGCCAUCAUAGCAAUCGAAGGCAUGGAUACCGCAACUGUCCACAGUAUGAUGAAUUCGCUUGCGGAACAACUUGAGAAGGAAGGGAAAUUUGCCGUCAGAAUAUUUGGUGGACCAACGCCAUUCCAUACCGAGAGGGCUGGGUCUAAUACACUACUAACUCGAGCAAUGACCACUGAGCUCUACUUGAGCAUGCUCAGUGAAUGGCACCAAAUCAGCAAGGAGAUGGUUGAUUACAUCAGUACAAGACCAGGAGAUGCUGAUAUGACUCGUUAUUCUGUGCCCAGAUUGUCCUCCCAAUCUCAUGAGGCCUUGCAAGAGCAUCUUCAUCAUCCCACAGACACUGGGCAUGAGCGCAAAACACUAGAGAAGGUGGUUACGAAUUUUGAUGGCAAGGGCAAUACGGCGUCCAAUUCGGCUGUAUUCAGCCCCAAGACGAUAGACAAAUCUGCUGAACUUCCAAUUCAGUCGCCCGCAGGCAAAGGCCGAAGCCAGAGCACAUCAGGCAUGGGUGAUGGUAGUGUCCGACCAGCGCUAACUACAGUUUCUCGACCAUCUAACUCUACUCGCAUCCCUCCGCCUCCAACAACGCCACCCACUACUACAAAGCCGUCGUCCAGAAUCCCACCGCCGCGGACUCCCCAACCACGGUCUAUUGUGUCUGAUCCGGACAGAGUACCUUUCUCACGUCUCAGCAGCAACGCUAUCCCCGUCGCUCUCGUUCCACAUUUCCAACUCACCACUGUUGAUGCCUCGUCGAUUUCCAUGCCCAUUAGCGAUGGCUUCUCACCACCAGCACACUGGCAGUGGUUCGCCACUCUCUGGCGCGGAAGUAUCGGUCCAGACAUCACAAUCGUGGUCAAGGGUGUCGAGGAUGAAGGCGACGCGGUGGAACCCGGUCGGGCAUCGGUCGGGGGCAUCGUCAAUACUCCCAUGGGCGGACGAGAGAGAUAUUCAAGCUCGGUGGGACACUCGGGCGUAGAGAUCAGACUGAAUGACUGCCGUGCCGUUAUUGUCAAGACUGCCAUCAUUGGCAUGUCCACCCAAACGAGCGCAUCUGUGGCCGUUGGAGAAGACAACGGGGCAGGAGCAGAGAGUCAAGGAGAGAAUCAGGUCGCAAAAGGGGUAUCUAGCUCGUCGAAUUCAGUGUCGGGCCCAGCCAGUGCAGCAUAUCAGGCCAAAGAGAUGGAGAAUUGGGAAAAGGCGAAGCGUAGGGUCGGGUUUGAGGUUGAAGAGUUUUUGCGACGAUAG